AUGCUCAUUGCCAACGAGAUUCUUUAUCCUAAGGCUUCUCAUAUGCAGCCCAACCAACUAAUGGACAUGCCCAAGUUCAACCUUGGAUCAUGGCUGUCCAAGAAUACUGACAAUUUUUCCUUGUCAUACUUGAAGAGAGUUUCAUCCAAGUGUUCUUGUUCACAUACACCCAUGCUCUUGGAUUCUUCUGACUCCAUCGAUUCAGUGUCAGACAGUGGCUCAUCUACUUUGACUGCAAAUCUAUCAGAAGACUCGAAGAUACCCAAGCCCCCUGGUGAACCUGGUUGUCCAGGGCAUGGAGGAUACAUGCUCCAUGAGACUUUAAACUGGAGUCCAAAGGCAUACAUGAAGUUUAAGAAAUUUAUGCACCACCUCAUUGAGGAGCAUCUCGAUGCCAUGAAGUGUGCCUCUUCUUAA